CUGGAGGGAGAGCCGCUGGCUGAGGGUUUCCUGGAGGCUCUGCUCAGAGAGAAGCUGCACCCUCACCUCGCCAUCUUCAUCGAGAUGGGCGACGAGGAGGCGGUGCGAAGGCUCUACGGGAGCAAAGACGUCCUCCGCUUCCCUCGCCCCCAUCGCCUGCCCUUCUAUCCCUUCCUCGACCCCCGCAGGCAGCGGAGGGAACUGCGAGCGCUGAGACACCUGGGCAUUGAGGCGCCGAAUGCCAACCCGCGAGAUGAGGAGGGGAAGCCGAAGGCAAAGCCGUCGGGAGAGGAGCUGCUGGCUGCCGCUCAAGAGGCCGAGGCGGCGGUGAAGCGAAAGAUCGAGGAAGAGAACAGCAAAGCGACGGGUCAGCUGGAGGCGAUGGCAGCUCGACUGGGAGAAGAAGAGGUGAAGGUUAGGAAGAUGCAAGCAAGCGCAUCAGAGGAGAAGCAGGAGCGAUGGCUGCAGAGGGUCAUAGGUAAGCUCCUUGCUCACCCCCAGUCACUGCUCGCUGCUCCACUUCCUCUUUCUCGCGAGAAGGCAAUUACCCUCCUCGACACUCGCGUCCGCCGCCUCUCCAAGUUCGGCAUGGUGUGUCCAGUGAGGCUGCUGGAGGAGGAAGGGGUCCUCGCGCCCUCCUGCAUCAGCGACCUCAACUUCGCCGUCGCCUACGGCCCUCACAUCUACCUCUGCAAGGACGCACUUGCCAGGCGCAGCUUUCUUGCCGAUCCUGUUCGCUUUGUGCUGCAACCCCCUCCUCCUCCUCCCGCCUUCCAGCGCAUCGUCGUGCUUGGACCCCCCAAGAGCGGUCGCUCCUCGCUAGCAGAGGCGAUCGCUGCUGACCUCGGCCUUGUGCUCCUGACGCCGGCGCGGGUCGUGCGUGAGGUGCUGGAAGAUGCUUCUUCGCUGGCAAAGAGGAUCGGAGAUGAGCUGAGAAAGGGCCUGGAAGUCUCCGAGGAGCUUCUGGGGCAGGCAAUCUGUGCGGCAGCUCAUCGUUACCCCGGGUGGGUGCUGGAUGGUUUUCCUCGAUCGCAACAGCAGGCGGAGAAGAUGGAGGAGGCGGAUGUUGGGGUGACGUCAGUCAUCCUGCUGAAGCUCGAGGACAAGGCUUGCAGGGAGCGAGCGACUAAGGAGCUCAUGCGCAGAGGCGAGGACGGAUUCUUCGAGAGACCGAGGAGGAGGAGGAUCGCAGCAGAUCCCGAGGAAGAGGAAGCGGAGGAGAAGGUGGAGGAGACACCUCCUCUGUUGACAGGAGAGGAGGCGGUCAGGGAGGCGCUGGCAAGCCUCUCAACAGAGCGAGCAGACAGCGAGAUGCAGGCGAUCAGGAGAACCUUGACGAGGGACAAGGACGUGGAGGAGGUGGUGGAUGCCAGCCGGAACCGAACGAGCGUGCACCGGCAGGUGCUGGGCGAGCUGAGGCGGGCGGCGAAGGGGAGGCAGGAGUACCUAAUGAGGAGGGAGCUAAAGCAUCCAGCACCGCUGGCGGAGCAGAGGCGCUGGAUGAGGAGAGAGGACUUGAAGGAGAAGAGGGGCAACUUCUGCGUGAAGGAGGAGGAUGGAAGUAUCAUUGGCGAUUAUUGCCCCGUCGCCUGGAAGCUGGAGGAAGAGCUUGUUCUCUGCUCACCCGACGCGCGGCUAAGCAACAUGCUGGAGGUCGCUGGUCGGUUCUUCUGCGCCUCCCCCAAGCACUUGCUCGAGCUUAUGACCUCUCCCUCCUACUACCUUCACUCCCAGACGCUCCCUGAUCACGUUCCUCGGCGACUGGGGGAAGGAGAGGCAGCGAAAGUCGGAGAGGAGAGCUUGGAGUACAGGGGCUACUGCCCCGUCACUCUGCUCGAUGGCCCAGGAGAAGAUGCUGUAACGGGACAAAAGCUGCCUAUCCAAGCAGCGCUGCUCAAGCCCUCGUAUGAUGCUCCGCUGGCUGAGCGAAUGUACCUCGUCAAGUAUCAGGACAAGAUUUACCGCAUGUUGACCGAGGAAAAACUGGAUCGCUUCAUGCGCAAACCUUGGAACUUUGUCAACCUGAAGCUUCCUGUGAAGCUGCCUUUCGACAA